CGUUGCAUCCGCCCGUUAGUGAAAGAACGCGUGAACGCGCCGCGCGCUCAAGCACGAGUGAUGUAUCCAUGAAGUCGAUACUACAAAGAUGGCGGAUUUCCUGCCCUCCCGGACUGCAAUAGUUUGUAUUCCCAAUUGUCUCCUCUCGCACAGCGAAGUCGAUCAAAUCAGAAAGUCUAAGGAGAUCGAUAAAAGCAUUUCUCGCGAGAAGACCUAUGUGAAGAAACUGGUGAAGAUAUUGUUGUUAGGAGCUGGCGAAAGUGGCAAGUCAACUUUCCUCAAACAAAUGCGCAUAAUUCAUGGGCAGGACUUCGAUCAGCGGGCCAAAGAAGAGUUCCGGGCUACGAUCUACAGCAAUGUUAUCAAAGGUAUCAGGGUACUGGUGGAUGCCCGUGAGAAACUUCAUAUUCCUUGGGGAGAUCCCGAUAACCAGGUCCAUGGGGAGACGGUUAUGGCUUUUGACACCCGCUCAUCCAUGAUGGCCAAAGGGAUGGUGGAGACCAAAGUCUUUAUGAACUACUUGCCCUCCAUCCGUGCCCUGUGGCAAGACAGCGGUAUUCAGAAUGCUUAUGACAGACGGCGAGAGUUUCAGCUGGGUGAAUCUGUGAAAUACUUUCUGGACAAUGUGGAUAAACUUGGAGAACAGGAUUACUUGCCCACCCAAAAAGAUAUACUUCUGGCACGGAAGCCCACCAAGGGUAUCUAUGAGUAUGACUUUGAGAUCAAGAAUGUUCCUUUCAAGAUGGUAGAUGUGGGAGGGCAGCGGUCAGAGCGUAAGCGAUGGUUCGAGUGCUUUGACUGCGUAACCUCCAUCCUCUUCCUAGUCUCAUCCAGCGAGUACGAUCAGGUGCUUAUGGAAGAUCGGCAGACCAACAGGCUAUCUGAGUCGCUCAACAUCUUCGAGACGAUCGUCAACAAUUGUGUCUUCGCCAACGUCUCCAUCAUCCUUUUUCUCAAUAAGACAGACUUGCUGGAAGAGAAAGUUGAGAAAGUGAACAUCAAGGACUAUUUCCCAGAUUUCACCGGGGAUCCCCACAAACUCCUGGAUGUGCAGACAUUCCUGGUGGAGUGCUUCCGUAACAAGCGUCGGGAGCAACAGCAGAAACCUCUUUACCAUCACUUCACCACUGCCAUUAACACGGAGAACAUUCGCCUCGUCUUCCGUGAUGUCAAAGACACCAUCUUACAUGACAAUCUUAAACAGCUUAUGUUACAGUAAAUGGCACAAGAAAGCCUUAAGAACAUUCCAUUUUAAUUAGGUUUUUAGUUUAUUUAAUACAAACAACAAGUGGUUCUAUACAUAUUGUGGUUAAAAACGGAUUGGAUGAUAAUUUUGCAUACUUUAAGGUUAUUGCAUGACAUUACUGUCAUAUAAGUGACAGGAAUUUGAUAUAAGCCACGAAGCAAACCUUUCGAAGCUUGUUGUAGCUAUAUCAGAUAUGCUAAGGAAUGAUCCUCAGUUAUUCACCAAAAUGCUGUAAUUAUAAUGGUUUACUGUAUGUUUAUAAAUGUGUAUGUAAUAAUAACACUCCAGUAACUCAAAGGUAUAACACCCAGUUUUGGUAAAGCUUUUUAAAAAGUGAAAGCUCAGGGCUAUAAAUCUUUCUUUCAAACAGCUCUUCUGCACAAGUGAUGUAGAAGAUUGAUGUGGUUGAUUCGGAUCAGUUUAUUAUAGGAGAGCAUAUCUUUGUUGUCAAUUUUUGUUGACAAUAAAGUAGUACAAUUAAGGUACUUUUGUACUUACAUUUGUCAUGUAUAAGAAAAGGGAAAGUAUCUUUAGACAGCCACCAUUAAAGCUUGUACAGAAUGUUUCUCUGUAAAAUAUGUAAUAUUUUUUAAACCCUACUCUGACAUUUUUUUACCCAGCGUUUUUAUCUUUAACAAAUCUCUACAUUUACCACUAAAGGCUGUUCUAAUUUGUCAUUUACUGGCUAUUGACCAGUAAAGAUACAGAAUUUCUUAUAAGCCCUUAUACCCAUAUUGAGUGGUUGAAAUUUGUAUAUUUUAUCGUUUUUGUAAUGAAUUUACUUUAAAAUAAAAAGCUUCUGUGUAGGUUGAGGUGGAUAGCUUUAGCUCAGGGUUUUGUAAAAUGGCUCUUGACACAGUCCGUGUGUAUUCUGGUUUAAUGGUUAGUACAGCUUUUGGAGUGUAUUCUUACAUGCCAAAGAAUUCACUUUUGUUUGCCUUAAAUAUAUCUAUACAAAACUGUUUCAUUUAAGAUAGCAACAGAAGCUGCUUUGAUUUAAGAUGAAUAAAAAUGUGUUGAUCAAUAGACCAAGGCUUAAUGAAAGCACUGUAAUGUGACUGUUAGAGGUAAAUGGGUUUAGUGGAUUGCCUACAUUAAAGUCUGUAUGUAUAAACUCUG